UGUUACUACCCAAAACAUAUUUUAAAAAAGCCAUUUAUUUAUUGUUUGUUUGUUAGUUUGAGGCUAGUAAAGGGUUAACAAGAUGGAGUUAUUAUAUAAUGUGUUAUAGUCUAUUAUAGCGCUGUUGGAUAACUGCGCGUGUUUUUAGAGCACUGCUUAAUCUGAUUUGAUGUUGACAUCUCGAGUCCUCCUGCGGCUCGCUGUGUUUUGCACCAAAGUUACCAGCAAAACAGCGCAACAACCGUGACAUUGUCCGCGUGUCUAUAACCUGAAUGGCAGGACGGCUCUAAAAAUAGGCAGCGGGGAGACAGUGAGUGGCACGCGCUCGAGGUCACAUUGCUUUAGAUCACCAAACAACAUAUGGAAGCGGAGCUAGCCGGGGGGACGCGGUUCGACUGCACGGGACUGGGUGCGCGCGCUUGGUUUAACUGUAAAACGUAAAAAAGAGUAGAAGAGAGGGGAAAGGAGGCUUUUUUUUACGUUGCUGGAGUCUCCAGUGAAGUUUGAGCUUGGUGUAUUGUAUAGGGGACAGAGAGAGAGAGAAAGAGAGAGAGAGAGGGAGAAAGAGAGAGAGAGAGAGAGAGAAGGAGGGGUUGGUUUAAGAGCGCUCGCAUGCAUGGAUGAAUGCAGCAGGAUGAAUGCAGCAGGAUGAGUGGUCAGUAAGGAUGCGUACAGGGACACUGCAGAGCAGAGGACGCAGAGGAGGAUCCAGCAGCUGUAGUGUAGUGUCUUGUCACUGAAUGGACCUGUAGCCUACACUGGGCGUGUGUGCCUUGUGUACAGCGUGUGCGCCACGCAGAACGCAGCGGAGAGCAUGGAGGACCCCGAGGUUGCGCUACUGCUAUUUUUUACGCAUCGUAAAAAGCGCGCUCACGCGGACACCCUUUUAAAAAAGAGCCCGGGAGUAAGAAGAGCACGUGGCAGCAGCCUAAACCUGGACGUGAAAUAAUAAUUAAAAUAAUAAUAAUAACUUCAGAAGAAAAACUGACCAAAAAAACUAAAUACAUGACUCUGGGUAUGGGGAUACCAGGCUGACCACUAGGCUGGUUGGUGAAGAUGAAUUUCGCUAUGGAGGAUGCAGGGAACUUGUGGAAUAACGCAUCAGGGACGCUCGCGCCGCCGUCGAACAUCUCCAACUGGACCGCAGGGAACGAAACGUCCGAAAGCGCACCGUUCAGCCUGUCCCGGGCGGUGCCGCUGGCCGUGGUGCUGGGCGCCUUCAUCGUGUUCGCCAUAGUGGGCAACAUUUUGGUGAUCCUGUCCGUGGUGUGCAACAGGCACCUGCGCAUCCCAACCAACUACUUCAUCAUCAACCUGGCCAUGGCCGACCUCCUGCUUGGGACUACCGUGCUGCCGGUGUCCGCCACCUUGGAAAUCCUCAACUACUGGGUGUUCGGCCGGAUCUUCUGCGACAUCUGGGCCGCGGUGGACGUCCUGUGCUGCACGGCGUCCAUCAUGAGCCUGUGCGUGAUCUCCAUAGACCGCUACAUCGGGGUCCGCUACCCCCUGCAGUACCCCAGCAUCGUCACCGAGAAGCGCGCGCUCCUCGCCAUGCUUGGGGUCUGGGUGCUGGCCACCGUCAUCUCCAUCGGACCCCUGCUCGGCUGGAAAGAGCCUCCGUCCGACGACGACACCAUCUGCCCCAUAACGGAGGAGCCCUUCUACGCGCUCUUCUCCUCGCUGGGUUCCUUCUACAUCCCCUUAGCGGUCAUCCUGGCCAUGUACUGCCGCGUCUACAUCGUGGCCAAGCGGACCACCAGGAACCUGGAGGCGGGGGUGAUGAAGGAGCGCAUGGACUCCAGCGAGCUCACCCUGAGGAUCCACUGUAAAGGAGCUCAGGCGCAGGAGGAGUGCGGGGGCGCGGGCAAAGGCACCAUCAGGAGCUCCCUGACCGUCAAGCUCCUCAAGUUCUCCAGGGAGAAGAAAGCAGCCAAAACCCUGGGGGUCGUGGUGGGCAUGUUCAUCCUCUGCUGGCUGCCCUUCUUCCUCGCCCUGCCCAUCGGUUCCUUCAAUGCCAACCUGCGCCCCCCUGAGACCUUCUUCAAGGUGAUUUUCUGGCUGGGCUACUUCAACAGCUGCUUAAACCCCAUCAUCUACCCGUGCUACAGCCGCGAGUUUAAGCAGGCCUUUAUCCGGAUCCUGCGGUGCCAGUGUCAGCAGCGGAAGAGGCAGAGCUGGAGGUCGUACAACUACAGGUCAAACUCGGGUCCCACCAACUCGUCCUACAACGACAACAGCUCCGUCUGCAUGAACGGCAGUCAGCAGACACUGGCCUCUGUGCAGCCUAGCCCACGCUUCUUCACCAGAGGCAGCGGCUCUCAGAGAGCGGCGGGGGGACUGUUACCAGGCUGGGGUCCGUGUGCGUCCUCCUCCAGCUCAGACUGUCCAAAACACUUCCCCAGUCAUUUCAGAUCCAGCCCCGCCAGUGUGCGCCAGACUGAGAACAAACCCAGCACAAUGACUCUGCCUUUCCCCGGUGGGCCACUGGCCAAAGGACCACUGCAUGCCAAUGUACAGAACGGUAGAGAAGAUUUAGAACAUGGAUCAAAUACCAGGCCUACACCUGAAACUGUGAUGUAACUGGGUGCAGUAUGGAACACCGGUUUCUUUUUCCUUACAUUUUAUACUGAUUUAAUAUCCUGUUGUAUUGUAGAUAUGGUUAUAAAGCAUGCUUGCAUUGUUAAAUGACGUUUGGAGACUCAAAGUAGCUACUGAUACAGAACAAAACUAAAAUGAUCAAAAUAAAAAUCAGACAAAAUCAAACAUGUACCCAAUUUACUCCUUACCACCAAUGUAUGCAAUCAGCCAAAAAAAAAAACUUAUAUACUAAGGUUUCCAGUCUUUUAAUAGCAUUUUUUUCCAAUGCAUUUCCCAUAACGUCCAUACAUAGCAAUACACAUACAAUGAACCUAUUAAAAGCCUCACAGAAUAAAUUGGUUUUACAUGCAUUGUUACUGGAUGCGCUACCCAAUAUUUAGUAAUAUAUGCAAAUCUGCUCUGUAAGAUGCAAAUCCCCCUGUAAACCCACUGUUGUUUGUCUUUUGUGAGGGAAUGCUUUUUUUGGUUUUGAGUGAAUGCUUGCACAAGUAGGUAACAAAAAAUGUAUUCUCAUAGUCUCAUUUUUUAGGUUUAAAUGUGCAUACAUUAGCUCAUACAUUAUAUAUAUUAUGUCAUUAUGUCAAGGUAAAUCUGUUACUAAAUUGGGAGCAGAUGACAUGAAGGUAUACUCUUCAGUAAAACUAACUAAUGCUAGAAAGCAAGAAAACAUCCUCAGAAAGUGGAUGCAAACAUGGUUGCAAAUUUGCUGAUUGCAUAGAUAGACAUCCCAAGUCUCCCGGAAAUUGCGGGAGUCUAACGCAUAUCAAUACCGGUUCCCUGAUGCCCGCAAGUCAGAUAAAAUCUCCUGGAAUGUAGAACGAGUGGCCCAAGAGUGAACACAAACGUGCACGCCGCAGGCGACACAGACUUUUUUACCCUAUCACGUGUGAGAAAGAGGGGGAGAAGGAGAGAAAGGCACACCCCUCGUGUGCAUAUUCAUGAAGCGCAUGCAAAACAGAGAGGGUUCUGGUUGGUAUGGUCUCUACAAAGAGUCUUUGCGUCAGCCAAUCAGUUUUAGUGUGGGUGGUCAGUGUUUUUUUCCCUUCUGGACGGGAUGCGCUCAGGAGCAUCAUGGCUCCCAUCAAAACCCACCCUUCUCUGACUACUCUAAAGUAUAUCCAUGCCUGGUAAAAGUAAAAAACAGUGAAAGUCUUGCCCACUGUACAGUUUGUAAUAGCAUUGCCCACGAGGCACUAUAUAUAUUAGCCUAAAGUUCUGUUUUUCUUUGUGUGCAAGUUCUUUUUUGCGGGGAUUGGGGCGGGUUUCCAUAUCCAGGUCCGGGGUACCUCCCUGAACUUAAUUUUUGCGACUCGGGAUGUCUUUAUAUAUAGAAAGCGUGCCAGUAAGUGCCUUACACGCGUUAACCAGAAUUUUCCAUGACAAGAACAAGAACAUUUAAAACUUGUUUAUUUUUUUAGCUUUUCAGAUUUUUGCAGAAUACUCAUAAGAACCUGUUUAGUUUUGCACUGUAGCUACAAAGCUAAUGUAGUUAUAAAAGCCUAAAUAACACCACUUAGCAUUGUAAAAUGUGCACACCAUCGCAAAGUUGCGAAAAGACACAUAAGAAAAAAAAUGUUCUUGCUUAAGUGGUUUCUGUCAUUAUGGUAUAUUGUAGUCUAAACAAUAAAAAAUACACAAAAGAUUAUGUCAAAGAGAUUAAACCAGCAGCUGCUUUAAUGUGUCUGUAUUUUCUUUGUCUUUUAGUGUCAUACACUGCAUAUGCAAGUCACUGAGAUUUUGUAAUAAUCCCAUGCACUUUGAGCUAAUUAUUUAUUGAUUAUUUAUUUGUGCUGUAAAUAUCUGCUACUUGUUAGGAACAUUAGCCUAGUAGCUCCAGUGUAAAAGCUCUAUACAUUAAAUAACAAAGAAUAUAUUGGCUGAUUUCAUUCAUUGUUGGUGAGGGGACAUUAUAAGGAGACUAAAUUUACAAACCUGUGCAUGAACACAGUCAGCAACACCUUAGAACCCGCAUUAGCACCUGGUGUUAUAUAAGUAGCAAAGCUACCCAUCAGUUGGAAAGUUGGUUUUAUUUCAGAUUUAUUUAUUUAUUCGUCUGUGCUGUUUUAUCUAGACACGCUGUGCAUUUGUGUGAAAGCUUUUUUUCAUUAUUUGUGUAUGUGGAAAUGAUUAUGUGAUUCUAGACACAAGAUUUAUGAUCUUUCUGCCGGUGCUUUGUGCUGACAUAAUGCACAUCACGACUUGUGGUCCAGGGAAAAGACAGUUCCAAGCGGUUUUACACAAAUACAAUUUUUUUGUUUGUUUUUUAAUUUAUUUAGCCCUAUUUAUUGUAAGUUAUGCUUUUUACAUGUACUGUGGCUGUUGGUUGAAACAAAAGGGUUUUAUAAUACAGUAUUCAGCAGACAGUCAUAACAUUAAAACCACCACCUAAUCAUAAUUGUAAUUGUAAGUCCUUUUAAGUCUUUUUUUUUAUAGCAAUUUUUACUGCGGUAGGUUUUUACAGAAUAUUACCAUUCGUCGGCACCCAUACCUCUUCUUUUACUGGUUUAUUUGGUAGGUUUGCUCUGUCCCAGUCAUCUUGAUCUUGGUUCAACUCAGUUCUAAUCAAAAAUGAAUCAGAUUACAGAUAAUCAAUGUCAUUCACAUCAUUUGUCAGGCGUUUUAAUGUUAUGACUGAUCCUGUAUGUUUUUGUCAUUUUUGUACCUGCAUUGCAUUAAAGUCAUAACUUCCCCAACUCAUUCGGGAUCUUGAGUUAAGGGGAAGAGGUUGUGUUUAGGAUGAGUGGCUAAACAUGCAAUAAAUGUAAUUGCUGAAGGUUUU